AUGCGUAACCCACUGGCGAGAACGCUGCUUUUUGCAGUCAUUGUUCUGAUCAUCAUGGCCCUCACCCUCAGAAACGACGCUAUCGACGUUCGCGGUCGCAUCAUGAAGACGGGCGCUGGCGUCAAGUCAUCCAUCACCCACCAGCAGCCUAUGGACCCCGUCAAAUCCCACGGUUCAUCAUCGCUUUCCGAAAAGAUUCCUGCCGAGCCCGCUCCCUCCUCGACCCACGUCAUGAACUGCGAUAUCAACACCGAUCACAUCAAGACCCUCAAGGACAAGUAUGGUCUUUCCGAAAAGAUUCAUUACUUCAAGCGCUACGUCAGAUUUAGCCGCAAGCCCAUCCAGCGCAAGGGCUACACCGUUUUAGAUCAGGAGUUCCUCCCCAGGAAAUUCAAGACUGUCGACAUCACAAAGUCGUACGCUCCCGAGGAGUGCCACGCUCCCCUGGAUGUUCCUGUCAAUCAGUCCCCCUACCCGUCCACUGUCAACGCCUCCGACUUUAUGUUUGCUGUUUCUACCACCUAUAAGCGUUUCAACGACCCGAAGACGAGCCCGAUCAAGGAAUGGGCUCACUGGCUCACAGACAGCAACGGAAAGUCCAAUGGCGGCAAGCUUUUGCUGUUGCUCCUUGACGCCAGCGACGCUGAGCUGAAGGAUGCCAGCGACAGGCUCAAGAGGGUUGGAAUUGACGCCGAUGUCGCCCACUCCGACCCCUCGAUGGAGAUGGCUGUUCGCUACCUCACUCUUGUGCCCUAUCUUUACAACCACCCCGAGCGCAAGUCAAGGAAAUGGCUCGUCACUUGCGACGACGACACAUUCUUCCCCAGUAUGCACGGUCUGAUCGACAAGUUUGCUACAUUCGACCACCUUGAUCCCCUUUACAUUGGAACCCUUUCUGAGGACGUCAAUGCCAUCCACCGCCAUGGUUCCCAGGCUUUCGGCGGUGCCGGUGUCUUCCUCAGUGUUCCUCUUGCAGCUGCGAUUAACCAGCUCUAUGAGUCUUGCAAAACCGAGACGAAGAUCAAGGAGGCCAAUUCUGGCUGGGGCCCUCAGGGCGAUAUCCUUCUCCGCAAGUGCAUUUACGAAAAUACCGAGGUCCGUCUUACCAAUAUCUGGGAGCUCUGGCAGCUCGACUUGUACGGCGAUCCGGCCGGCUUCUACGAGUCUGGUAUCAAACCAUUGAGCUUGCACCACUACAAGGGUGGCGGUUGGCACUACGCCAAGCCUCUGCAAUCCGCCAAGGUCGGACACGCUUGUGGCGAGGACUGCGCCUACCAGCGUUUUAUCACUGCCGAUGACUUCAUUAUUGCCAACGGUUUCAGCGUUGCCCAUUAUCCUCAGGGUAUCGACUUCAACCUUGACCAAAUGGAACGCACCUUCACACCUGCCCCGGAUGACAUUGGCUGGAACUUGGACUACAUGUUUGGCCCCCAACGCAGAUCCUUGCACAAGACUGGCCGCAAGAUUGCCUGGGAGCUGCAGGAGGCUCACGUGCAAGAGGAUGGAUCUGUGCUCCAAGUCUACACCCGCCGGAAGGACGACGAGCGGUGGGUUGAGGAGGAUGGCGAGCCAAUGAGCAAGAUUGACGGUGUUAUUGAGCUUGUCUGGAUCCCUUCAACAUGA